AUGCCAUCAACAGCCGAUCCCCAGAUUGCGCCCGUUUUCGUGUUCUCUUAGCUGACAGGCCUAUCCCGAUCAGGGCAAUAACUUACAACAGCCAUUUAAGCAUUUUCUGUCCCUCGUGGCGUCUCCUCCAUACGGAAGCUAGCGCGCAACUCGUGCAUUCGGCUACGGCUACCGACCCGCCGUUUCGUUUUUUUGCUUCCUAAUCAAAGUCGUGACGCCUCUCCGAUUACAAGUCUUGCCUGGACCCGGGUCAUUGUCUUCACGCACACAUAUAUAGCGAGCUUGCUGUCUGUCCCGUGGAUAUAGACCAUGGAUCGUUUUGUUACAAAGAAUCAAGUUUAAAAUAUCAUUCACCAUGACACAACCGGCGUCGCUCACCUUGACGGCCACGCUGUCGAACCACGGCCAACAUCCCGCACCGCCAGAACUUGCGCCUGGAUUCCCGCAAGAAUUAUCCACAUCGACAAAUUGCCCAGAUGUCCUAACAAAGGCAGAUAUCGAACGUCUUGGCCGUGAGCGCCCAGCCGUCUUCAAGUCCACCGUCGCCGAGGUCUGCUUCGUCAUCACAGUUGUGGCGUCCAUGAUGAUGUCUGAGUUUUUCAUCUCCGGCUUCAACGUCAUCCUGCCUGUUGUGGUUGUCGAUCUCGGCAUCGAAGAGGCGUCUCGCGUCUGGCCAACCGCCGCCAUUAGCAUCUCUACCGCGGGCUUACUGCUCCCGUUCUCCCGCCUCUGCGACAUCUACGGCGCACGCUCCAUCUUUCUGCUCGGCCACGCAUGGAUGAUGGUCUGGAGUCUCAUCUGCGGCUUCAGCAUCAACCCCAUCAUGCUCAUCAUCUGCCGUGCCAUGCAGGGAGUCGGGUGUGCGGCCUUUGUGCCGGCUGGCCUGGCGCUUCUUGGCCAGACGUACCGCCCUGGCCCGCGCAAGAACCUCGUCUUUAGCAUCUGGGGUGCCCUCGCCUGUCUCGGCUUCUACUCGGGCAUCUUUAUUGCCGCCGUAUCUGCCAGCUUCUUGACAUGGAAGUGGUUCUUUUACAUUGGCGCCAUUAUUGUCGCUGUCGUUGUCACCAUGGGCUUCUUUAGUAUCCCACGCGGCACACACAAGCGCGAUCCUGCCAUGAGGAUGGACUGGCUGGGUGUCGUUACGAUCUUGCCGGGCGUCAUUCUCAUCAACUUUGCCUUUAUUGAUGGCGGUCACGCACCCAACGGCUGGAAGACGCCAUACAUCUACGUUACACUUAUCAUUGGUGUUUUGUUACUUGGUCUCGCCGUUUAUAUCGAGGGCUGGGUGGCAGCGCAACCAUUACUGCCUGCCGACAUUUUCCGCCCAAAGUACAUGAAGCGCCUCUACACCAUUCUCUUCUUUUCGUAUGGUGUUUUUGGUAUCUUCCUAUUCUACACCAGCUUCUACAUGGAAACCGUCAUCAACAUAUCGCCCAUCCUCUCAGCGGCUUGGUUCACACCUCUCGCCGUCGGCGGCAUGAUUCUCGCGCUUACCGGCGGCUUUGUUAUGCACCUAAUCCCCAACACCGUCCUCAUGUUCAUCUCGGCCGGCGGCUUCCUCUUGUCCGUGGUCCUCUUUGCGCUGAUCCCCGAGACAGCCGGCCACUCACUCAGCUACCUGUACUGGGCGUUUGUCUUCCCCGCUAUGGUAGGCGGCACAGUGGGCGUCGAUAUUCUCUUCAACGUCACCAACGUCUACAUCACGACGGCCAUGCCGCACCGCCUGCAGGCUACGGCUUCUGGUUGGAUCAAUUCGCUGCUGUACUUUGCCAUGUCAUUCUGGCUCGGUGUUAGUGAGCUUGCCGUGUCGACUGCCAUCAAUUACAGCAAAGACGGCAUUGACCAGGCCGGCCAGCUCAAGAUUGGCUUCUGGGUGGGCGUGGCUAUGGUCGGCGUCGUGGCGAUCUUCACAUGCACCAUCCGCAUGGGCCAGGCCUCGUCGGAUCUGACGGCGGAUGAAAAGGCUGCGCUAGAGGCUCAGCAAGAAUCUUCAUAAUGGUUUCUUUUUGCUUUUUGCAUUUUAUAUUCUACACGGUUUGGCGCAUCAGAGAGAUAUACAGGCCGGUACAUGCCAUAUAGACGGCGUUUUUGGUUCAUAGCAUCAGACAUUUUGUUGCAUUUUUAGAUGACAUUUUAUACCAAUGUACAUAGACAUUUAUCAAAAUUAAUCUCCUCCG